UUUGACACCACAGGUGAUGAAGGCUCCAUCGGCUCCAUUGGACGUCUGCCCGUUCUGCGGCAAGGCUUUUAAGAGGCUGAAAUCCCACUUACCACACUGUAAGAUGGCUGAAACAAAAAACAUGACACCAGAGACAGACUCUAGAGGCAAAAGUAUGAAUGCCAACCUGGUUCCCAUGAAAACAACGGGCACAAGAUCACCAAUUGUAGAAAAACAGGACCCGAAAGUUAAAGGGAAAAGUAAAACAGAGGCAAUCAAACGUCAGGUUCAGCAAGAAACAGCAAUAUCUUUACCCCAGACAAAGCAAGCGAAAGUGAGAAAAGUAACAUCCGGGAAUAGAUUGGCCCAGCAAAAGGCAACCAUUGAAGACUCUAAGAAAGGUCUUCAGACAACUCAGAUGGUCACUUCAACCAAAGAGCAGGGUCAGAAUAAGGUGGCAUUAACUGAACCCAGUGUGCCAGUCCAGCAAGCAUGUGUAUUAUGGCCCAGUCUUGAGAAAACGAUAGCAGCUAAAGUGCACAAUCCGAGAGCAAGCAACAUUUUGCUGACUGUGGAAGACCACAUCUGGACUGAGGAUCUUAAAGAAGAUCGGAUCAGAUUGUCUGUGCCUGAGCAAGACACAGAAGGGAGUCCAGUUAACUAUACUGGGGUACGGGAUCAGUCUCAAGGGCCAUUCCACGCACAGUUCCACUUGGAUCAUAGCUCAGUGCCGGUGUCUCUUACCGGACCUACCACGGCUCCUGUGGUCAUUGGGUGGUCUACAAACAUUUCAAAGGAAAGGGUUAAAACACAUAUACCAGGCAUCACCCCAACAGUGAGCAAUAUUGAAUCAGUAAUGUGCGACAGUAAAGCAUUAGGAAUGAUUAGGAAGUCUGCAGAGACCAAGAUGGAUGUGCCGCCCCCACCUUGGACUGUGCAGAUCGAGCCACCACAACUAGUUGAUCAUCGUGUAGGGCUACAGUGGGCUCCACAGUUGUAUUCCAGUUAUGUCCAAUUGGGUAUUGUUCCUGGAAGACAAGAUCAAUGGGAUCCACAUCAAAGAGGAACCAAGAUACUGGAGCCAAUAGAACGACUGCCUGAAUUUUGCAAGACUGAGUCCAGUCUAAAAAAACAGUCUACAUCCAAGCCCUUGCUGGACGUCAGGCUCGGGGAGCUUCCUGUCUGGUUGGCCAACUGCAGAUAUUCACCAAAGAUAUUUCCACAGUUCAUAAAGAACGCCUGGGGACGAUACUACAACAAGUACAUCAAUGUGAGGAAGGGCGGCGUGGGAGGUCUGACCAUGCUUCUCGCUGGUUACUGUGUCCUCAGCUAUUCCUGGAACUACAACCAUAUAAAGCAGGAUCGCUGGAGGAAAUAUCACUGACCUCAGAGCAACGCCAACUUCUGAUCCGCCAAAUGAUUGCCCCAAGAACACAGCCCGGAUUUACCAAGUGCCUUGUGAAUAUUUUUAUUUUACAUGUACUAUGUUGUGAGAAUUAACAGUAAUUUAUUCUGGAUAAAUAAUGUUUAUUUCUAGUAUUAUAUGAAGGAGAACAUGUUGUGACCAUGUGGUUAAUAAAAAAGUGUUUACUGACUGACACGUAUACUGGAUUUCCUAUAUACCUAUAAGAAUACAUAAAAUUAUUAUAAAGCUGGAUAUUACAUAUAAGGCAAUAUCAUUUUUUUUUAAAUUAACAAUAUGGGGUCUGCUUUUUCCAGAAACUGCACUACUCAUAUCCAUAGGCUGUGUCUAGUACUGCAAUACCAGACAUGGAAUAUGGACUAGAGUGGUGCUAUUUUGAGAAUUAAAAAGGGGUAUUCCAGGAAAAACCUU